GCCAUGGCUAGAAGUCAGGGCUUGCUACUCUGGGGUGGCAUCUGCUUCAUUUAUUUUUUGAAGAUUCAAAUUUCAUCAAGUCAAGCUGUUUAUGAAUGUCAACGACCCUUUCCAGUCACUUGUGGCCAGAAUGCAGACUGUGUUACUAAAGAUGGAAUUUACCAGUGUUCCUGCAAUCCUGGAUAUGCGCUUCCUUCUAGGGAGGAGACAUUUCCAAAUGCCACCAUGAACAACUGUCAAGACGAGGAUGAAUGUCAGCUCAACCCCUUACUCUGUGAACCCCGUGGGGUCUGUGUAAAUAAGCCUGGAAGCUAUGUAUGCAAAUGCAAGCCAGGCUUUGCCCGAAGCAACCAGAACCGGAUUGUGGACUGCAUAGGUAAGUCCCUGUGGAAGUGUGAGACCAAGCUCUGUAGGGAACAGAAUGUGGGCAAUGCCAACUGGACACCCUGGAGCCUGUGGGCACUGAGGCAGCAGCAAUGGCCUUGGGACAGCACCCACCGGCACUCCCUGCUAUGGGACCACGGAUAA